AUGAACAAGCUCCUGUUCUCAACAAUUGACGUCACCCGACAAGCGUUCUAUCGUACCGCUCACGCCUUCGCAAUCGUUAAUCUCAAGCCAAUCGUUCCCGGUCACGUGCUAGUCAUUCCGACGCGCGUCGUUCCACGUCUAUCCGACUUGUCAUCAAGCGAAGUCGGCGAGCUCUUCACAAGCGUACAGCUUGUCGGACGCGUCGUCGAACGAGCAUAUGGUGCUGACAGUUUGACAAUUGCUUGUCAGGAUGGACUUGCUGCCGGACAAUCAAUACCACACGUACACGUCCAUGUCCUUCCGCGAAAGCUUCCCGGGCGUCCGGAUGGGGGGGAUGCGUUCUCUGAGAACAACGACGCAGUCUAUCCCGCGCUGGAAGAUAGCGAACAUACGCUUCCGCGUGAUUUGCAAGCUAUGCAGCGCGAAGUGAACAAGAGAGCAACAAAGGAGGUAGAGGGUGACAAAAGAAUGAAUCGAUUGAAAGUUGAUGCAGACGAUGAACGUCCUCCGCGUACUGUAGAGGAAAUGGUUCGGGAGGCGGAGUGGUUGCACGGACUUUUCGAAGGACAAAGUCAGGCACUUAAUUGA